CUGUGUGUGUUUGCCGCUCUCACACUGACCAACAGUUCAUUCUGUCUCUGUAAGAAGACUGUGGCUGAUUUUAAACAUUAUUUAUAUUCUUCGUGUUUUAUCCAUUUUAAUAAACACAGCAGCUGCUACAGGUUAAUUCAAUCAUACAAUCAGCUUUCUGAUGAGAAGCCGAAGACUACGACAGCCAUGUUGUUGGCAGAAGCUGGAUGUGUGUUUAUGGGAUUCAUGCUGUGUUUCUCAGGGGUGCAGGGACGAGCAAACAGCAUCUGCGCUUUAAAAGGUUCAUCAGUGGAUCUGCCCUGCUCAGCUGAACAUCCCACUACAACCAUGAAAUGGUACACUGUACAGCAGAUUGGAUCUGUAUUUAAUCUAAAGAAUCUCACUGCAGAUGACAGCCAUGUUAAGUACAUGUUGGAAGAGAAUAACUUCAAUCUAACAAUCAAAGCUCUGACAGAGAGGGAUGCAAAACUUUACUGCUGCAGCAGUAAAGAGGAUGCAGGAAAACCCAGAAAUAGUCAGCAAGGCAUGAUCAAGCUCCGUGUUGCAGACCUGCAGGUGAAGGUGAUUCCCUCCACAGAGGGACACACAGUAACACUGAUGUGCAGCACCAGCUGUCCUCUGACUGAAAACCCUGCAGCCUACAUCUGGUACAAGAACAGAGAGUUUCUCUAUGAGGACUGGUCUCCCUGGUACCAACAGCUGGUCAGCAGUGAGGAAGCAGUCACAUACUCCUGUGCUAUCAAAGGCUACGAGGACCUCAGAGCCCCUCAAGUCUCAGUGGAUUCUGUCACAUCAGCCUGCUUCAGUGUGACCUAUGCUAAAGGGAGAAUGUGUUCUUAUAAGAAGACAUCAGUGGAUGAGCCCUGCUCCAUCACAUAUCCAACAGGAGUGUAUGUUCAAAAGACUCGUGCAGCUGCAACAGGCCAUGUCAGAUUGACCUGUAACACCAGCUGUCCUCAGACUGAUCUUCAGAGUGCCUUAAAAAUGUACAGGAGCAGUGUCUCAGAGGGACAGUAUGGGGCAAUAAAGGAUGUAGUACCCCAAACAUCUACUGAAAGCUUCUCCUGUGCUGUAAACGGCCUCAAGGAUCUACACUCUGCUGCAGUCUGUGCAGAGGAAAAGAAAUGUUGGACUGUGAAUUAUGUCAGCAGGAGAAUCUGUGCUGUUCAAGGCUCCUCAGUGAACAUUUCAAGUGAAUAUUCUCAUCCUGACUACGAGCAGCCCCAGUCUAAAUCAUGGUAUAAAAUAAUCAGAGGUGCUAAGAAGGAUACUGAAAAGCCUGUUGAAGUUGCAGGUCAUGUUGAGUACCAUGAAAACAUGAACAAUCAUCACAUCCUGUCAAUUAAAAACCUGACAAAGAAUGACUCAACAGAAUACAAAUUCAAGAUCCAGACACGUGACGGAUGGAAACAGUCAGAUUUUUCUGGAGUGACGUUGGUUGUCACAGGUCUUAAAGUGACGUUCACUCCUUCUGCAGUGGUGACAGAGGGUCAGAGAGUCACACUGACCUGCAGCACCAGCUGUCCUCUGAACACAAACUACACCUGGAACUUCAACAGUCGACCUCUGAACCUGCCAGAGAACCAAAACAAACACCUGAUUCUAGACCCAGUCAGCAGUCAGCAUGAAGGAAGGUACUCCUGUACGGUCAAAACUGGUAGAAGAACCAUUGGCUCAAGUGAAAAAACUCUGACUGUCCAAAAUACUAAAGUGAAACAAACAUCUGCUGCAGCUGCAGGAGUCGGUGCUGCUCUCCUGGUUUUAAUACUUCUCGCUGUCUUUUGCUGGAUUAGAAAAAAGAAGACGCCCAGCCAAUCUCCUCAGAGUGAAAACUCAAACAACUUGGAGCAGCUAAACCCUGGUCCUGUGUAUGACGAAAUCUCAGCUCAACCAACAGAGCAGGACGAUCAUCACUACAGCAGUGUCCUCUUCCAUCAGAAACACACAGAUCCUGUCUACAGCACAGUCCAGCCACAUCAGGCCCGAGAACAAGAGCACAUCCCCUAUGCUGUUGUCCACUUUGAAUCCAACAAAGCCCCCUGAGCACCAUGACCAGGCAGUGGAUUCCUACAAGUUGUGCAACGCAGCAAACAAAACAUAAAGCAAAUGAAUGUAACAACACACCUGCCUCUGUGAUGUGCAGAACUUCAAUACUGUUCUGUUCAUUUCUGCUGCAUUGUAUUUGCAUUCAGAGACUUCAGUUGAUGAGCUUAUUUACAC